UACUUCUGAUUUUUAUUUUUUUCAGGACUUUAAUUUUGCCCUCUGAAUGAAGUGGAAUGGCUGCAGUGCCGACAGGCCCCAGUAGCACAUUGCCAACAUCCCCGACCAAAAUUACUCCCUUCCCCGGGAAUGGGUGCGAUGCACUCGGGGAAGGGAGCGAUUUGGUUAGUAUACUGAAUGACUCGGUUACUUCUGACAAAGAACAAGAACAAAAGAAUAAUGAAUGUGAAAGAGACAGAACAAAAUCUCCGAAGUACCUGUUCUCUCAUGCUCAUAACCUCAGUCAAACAACAGAGCAGCAAGUUAACGGCUUAACCUGUUCAACUGAGGAUGAUUUCAGCCACAGUCACACAGAGAACACUUCUGACGAGCUGACAUCGUCUAUGGACAACCGUGCCAACCGAACUGGAGAUUCAAACAGUAAUGACCAUCACGAGGACGGACUGUGUUUCACUUGUCACCACCCUCACACGAACAACAAUUGCGUUAACGAUAUGUUCUCUUCGUCGGGAACCGAAACGAGUCAUAUCCAUACAGUUACAGGAGAUGCUGAGGACAUCAAAGACGUGUAUGACCAAGCAAACGUUUUCACAACGUACGAGCCGCCUCUGAACGAAGAGGGCAAUUCAACGGCUGGAUCCCAGUUAUUGGAACCCGUUUCCAAAGAGGCUGCCCAGGCGCCGGUCGCUGAACUAGCCAGGUUAGAACUAAACCGUGAAUCUGGGAGUAGCGAGGAGAUCCGUUAUGUGCGCUACGAAUCCGAACUUCAAAUGCCGGGUAUUAUGAGACUGAUAACGAAGGAUUUGUCUGAGCCCUAUUCGAUAUACACUUACAGGUACUUCAUCCACAACUGGCCGCAGCUCUGCUUUCUGGCAAUGGUUGAGCAGGAAUGUGUGGGAGCCAUUGUAUGUAAGCUGGAUAUGCAUAAGAAGAUGUUCAGACGCGGGUACAUUGCCAUGCUUGCAGUAGACUCAAAACACCGGAGGAAAAGCAUUGGUACUAACCUGGUGAAGAAAGCCAUUUAUGCCAUGGUAGAAGGAGAUUGUGAUGAGGUGGUACUAGAGACGGAGAUCACUAACAAAUCGGCUCUGAAACUCUAUGAGAACCUGGGCUUUGUGAGGGACAAACGACUCUUCAGAUACUAUCUAAACGGAGUGGACGCCCUGCGACUGAAACUGUGGCUCCGCUAG